ACCCAGUCUUUGGCCAUAGUUGGCCUUGCGAGGGGAAGUGACUGAGUCACGCUGCAACAACCGAUCUCCGAUCACGGCAGAAAAGGACGAACACGAGUUGCUUCUUGAAGUUAGAGAAUGAUCUUCCUUGUCGAAAUACAACGGCGUAAUUUUUGUGCUAAACAAUCUAUGCUCUAAAUCUAUGUUUGGGAAGGCUGCCACCUCAAGAUCCACAGGAUGGGACGAGCUCGCCCAAAACCGACGAAGCUGCGUCGGAAAUGUGAUAACUGUGAUUUGAGAUUUCGUUCUCAUUUCUGCAUGUUCCUUCACCUGAAGGUUCACCAAAGGGAGACGCAAGGCUGGUUUCAUUGUGUAACUUGUAAGAAGCGUUUUGAGAAGCUGACAAGGUUUGUGAAACAUCGUAGGAGGCACCCUUCGAGAAAAAAGAUUAAAACACUUGCUUGCAAGCAGAUGAAAGAGCCAGUAAGUGAGGCAAAGAAAUUCAAGGAGGGUAAAACUUUUGGAUCCAUUGUUGAUGGAAAAUUGAAAAGUGAAAAUGCAAGUGCUAAAGAACAAGAAAAUAUUAAUGAGGCAAUGUUACAAAAACAGAAAAAGGAAGAGCCAGUUGAGAAGAAACAAUCAAAUGGGAUAAAAAAUACAUCACAUGCAUUUGAAUUUAUCAAACAGCUUAAAUCUCUUCUAAAGCUGAAUUUAGAUUCAGAAAAGUCUGAUUUUGGCCCAAAUGAAUAUUCUUUGCAAGUGUCUGAAAUCACAUCUUCAGACAAUCAAAUAGGUGAGCAGGAAGAGCAGCAUGCACUGAACACAUCUCUAGAAGACACAGCUGAUAACAAUGAUGGUAAAAAAUCUGUGAAUUUGGAAGGGCAUCACAGGAAUCAUAAGAACACAGCCUCUGGGCUGAUGGAAGAAAAAGGCAAAAAUCAUGUCAAGAAGAACAAUGGAGAAUAUGAAGUGACAAAAAAGGAAACUAACUCUCAAGCUAAAGAAAUGCCAAAAAGACUGUAUACAUGUUCCCUUUGUAAGGCAAAUUUUUUCUCAUAUUCAAGUCUACGAAAGCAUAAAAGAGUGUCUCACAAGGUUGGAUGCAAGUCAAAAACCCCACAUGAUUCCAAAGGAGACAAGGGUUCAAGUCAGUGUGUUGUUAAAAAAUACCAGUGUGUACUCUGCCUGCAAGAACUGAACAGUUUCAAAAGUUUAAAUUGUCACAUGCAAGAUGUUCACAAAUGUAAGCGGAACAUACCAAAAAACUUCCGGCAAAGGUUAGCCAUUAAUGGUAUGAAUUUGUUUUGUCAAGAUAGUGUUGAUGUGGCAGUAAACUGUCUUGGAUCAUCAUAUUUUGAAAAUACAAACGAAUCAAGCCUCCUUAAAUGCAGUUUAUGUGGUGCCAACUUCCUUACUUAUGGUGGAUUGAAGGGACACUUGAAAAGUAAGCAUAAAAUAGGAGUAAUCUCCACAGUAAAACCCAAGUCACCUCCAAAGAAAAAGGAAGCCACAGGUAAAGUUUCAGGAUCUAGUAGUAAGAGAGGAAACAGUCAAAAUUCAACAAGUGUUAGUUAUGUUGAUGACAAGUUUACCUCAUCAAAGAGUAAAGAUAAUGACUAUGAUUCAGAUACAAGUUCAUCUUGUAGGAAAUGUGAUGCCUUGUUUCCAGAUGUAAGAAAAAGACGGCAACACUGUCUUGAAACCCAUGGUUUGGAAAUAUCAUUUGAAGGGGAGAAGAUAUUAUUUUCAGAAUGGAAAGCAGGUUCUCUGAAGCAAGUUCCUUUAGAAAGCACCAGCAACACUUUAGCAGAUCUUAUACUUGACAACAAAGAAAAGAAUUACAGCAUACAGAACAAAUCAUGUAAACUAUGCUCCUCAAAGUAUCUUUCUUUUUCUGCACUUCAGAAGCAUAUGACUUCUAAGCAUAGAAUCAAGGCAAUAAGGAAAAUGCAUCUUAUUCGUUGGACUAAAAGGGGCAAAAUAUCACCUGGUCUCCAAAGGAAGGCUUCUUUGAGUAGCAAUAGUAAUAGCUCUCCUAAUAUGAAGGAAGCCAAAGAACUUAAGACUGGGAAUGCUGACAUCCAGACCGAUUGCACCAUGUUAAGUUCUCCAGACAAGCAAAUACCAGCUAUGACUAAAUGUGUAUCAGAUACACAACCUGCUCAGUUAAGGGAACCUUUAUUAUAUCAUGUUUUUUCUGAAGCCCCAGUCAAAACAAUAAAACCAGGAGAACAUUUCAUUGAAAUAUCUGGAGAAAAGCAGGUACAAGGAAGUUUUCAAGAAAGAGAAGGAACUAGUAAGGAAAUCGAGCAAUGGAAAGCAGAUUUUCAAAGAAAAAGGUUUUUCUGCUAUAUAUGUGACUCCUACUUUUCAGGCUAUUUUAUUCUAAGACGACACAUGAAAGUGUAUCAUAAAAUAUAUUUAGAUCAGCACGGUGCCAGGAUCACUGAUACCCGGAAGAAAUAUAUUGAUGCUAAGAGAUUGGAAAAACCAGUUGGUUCUCCCAAUGAUGAUGGUGUAAAUGGUAAAAUCGAGAAAACCCUUGCAUGUGAUCCAAUUAAAGAUUCAUCAAGCAUAAAAGAUGUCAGUUGCAAAAAUAACAGUUUGGCUGCAAAUAACACUACAAAGUUUAAAGGGUUAUGUGCUAACAUCUGCUUUAAAAAGAAUAGCAAAGGGAGAUAUAUUUGCCCUUAUUGUCCAAUAGACUUUGAAAAUUUGAUUGACAGGCAUAUCCAUAUUUCUGACAUUCACAAGAAAUUGAAAAGUAACAGUGUACAGCCUGUGCCUCCCGUGAAGAGCAGUACAACCCACGAAAAAGACAGUCCAACAGCAAAAGUAUUCCAAAUUGUUGAAGUCUCUGUGCCAUCAGCAAGCAAAUCAGAUGUCAAAGGAGUAAAUGAGAUUGUCAAUGAUAGUACAAAAAUUCUAGAUGGAACUACAAGGAAAAGAUAUAGAAACCCUCGAGGAAGUGGAAGGUUUGAGUGUCACGUGUGUGAACUCAAGUAUGUUUAUAGCCGAGGUCUUCAUAGGCAUUUAAAGUAUGCACACAAUGUACAUACCACCAAAGCCCCCUCUGCUGCUAUAGAACAGAGUCAGGGUAAAAGUACAAAUACGGAUACCAAUGAAUGUAGCGCUAAGGUCAUUGCAAGUUUGCAGGCAAUAUCAGUGAAUGACAGUCACACCGAAAAAAAAGCAGCGAAAGGGCAGACAAGGACCCAAGAUAUGGAUGGCACCAAAAGCUCUAGGUGUUUCAGUCCUGUACCACCCUGCGAGGAGGCAGAUGCACAUACUGAUAUACUGGAAGGAAACAUAUUCUGGAAACUGGAUUCAGCUUUAAAAAUUAAUGAUUGUGGACCAAACGGCAAUAGUAGGGAAGGGUUGACCUAUUUGGUAAAUGAAAAAGAUUUGUCUGAUCUUGAUUCGGGAGAUGGUGCGUUUUUACGAGAUGAAACAGCGAGAGUAGAAUUAGGGAGCAGUAAAAUUGAUACUGUCGAGAUAAUGGACGAUGAAGAUGUAUUGGAUAUUGUUACUGUAGAUCCUGAAACGCCAGUUCAGUUUGAAUCUGAGGAGCCGGGCAGAAAUGAGGACAGCGGUAACAACUCUACGGUAAGCAAUUUAAAAUGUGCAAUCUGCAGUGUGGGUUUACCGAAUUCGGAAGCAAUGCUGCAACACAGAUUAGAUACGGGGCAUAAGACAGGCAUCGUCUGCACGAUUCCUGGAUGUGGUAAGUUGCUUUCUUGCAAGCGCAGCUACAUGCAACAUCUUAAAAACACUUGCAAACUUUGUCACAAGCGGUUAAGUUCAGAAGGCAAUAUCAGAAGACACUUGCGCAACAUCCACAAGAUAUCAGAUGUACUGACUUGUGACAUUUGCAAAGAGGAGUUUCCGGAGCCAAUCAGUUUAGCGCUGCAUAACAAAGAAAAACACAUGAACUGAAACGUGUAUUGCUUAAAUCUUACGCUUCAAAAUGUAAAAGUAUUAUAAAAGUUUAUAUGUUUGUUAUAUUUAUGUGAUAUUUAGAAAGAUGGAAUGUUUUUAUAUUUGGGUAUAGAUAUUGCUCAACAAAUGAGGGCUCAUAAAGAGACUACUGUAAAUAGACUGAGAAAUUUGUGUGUUGCAUUAGGCUUUACAAUUUUCUACACAAAAUGUAAGCUUCAAAGAUGCAGAACCACUUUUGGUGAAGUAUGCGAGUUUUGGCGGGCUUCUUUUCACAAUUUGUUACUUGCUGCAAAUCUCAUAGUUUAGUCAAUCCCAUAUGUAGAGAUCGGUUUUCUCUGUAAUAUGUUUUUUGUAUUUUUAAAUACAAAUAUUAAAUUGGCUGACACAUCAAUGGAGGACUAUUUACGUCAUAAGACAGAAACUAUCGAGCAAAAUGUGCAUAGAAAAUAUACUCUAAUUUUAUAAAUUUUAUAAUUCUUUAUGUUUUUAAGCUACACGUUGGUAUCUAUUAUGUGCUUACCAGUAAGUCUGUACAUGUUGAGGGUUCAAACUCACCCCGCUUUUUUUAGCUCAUAUUACAAUGAUCUUAAACAAGAUGUCACUACGUUGAUUUAAUUUAAGAUGAUUCAAAAUUUGUUUUUAGUAUGUGUAAAGUCUGUCUGAGAUGCCUUAAUUUCCGAAGAAGAAUGCUCUUUAGCUAGCUGAAAUUAUGCUUUUUCGCCAAGAUUGCAGAUGGCCCUCACACUGCUGUCUAAAAAGUUGUACAUAACCAGAUGGAACUUUCGUAUUCAUGUUCGUUUUAGUGUUAUUUAGAAGUUUUUAAAAGUUUUGUUACAUUUGUUGCCUGAAUUGUUUUGUUGGAAAAAUUUGUCUCAUUUAAA